AGUGCCAGAGACGGACCGACCGCUCCGGGGUGGCGGCUCGCGGGGUAAACCAAGGGCGCCUGGAUGAUGGCCCGCUCGGGGAGGCGCACCUUGCUUGCAGAGCUGCUUCUGGUGGCGGCACUUGCCUGCAUAUGGCACGAUGCGUUCGUGGCACCAAAGAUUCCAAAUUUGGAGCGGCCAGAACGUCAUCUGCGGACAGCUCGAUUUGCAGAGAGUGCAGCUGAGGAUUCCGUGGAAAUCUCUGGGUUUUCGGGCUUCAUCGUGGGCCUUGCCUUCCUGCCGUACACCUUCUACGCCCUGCUGACGGCUUUCAACGUUGUGAGGGGCGAUAGCUUCGAGUUUGGUCCCUAUGGGCUUGAACUCAUCUCCUGCUUGGUUACCAUUGGCCUGGUUUUGUGGUCCCUGGGCAGUUUCCUGCAGCGCGGUCGGGGGCUGCCCGCCGGGCCACUGGGCUUGCUGGGCCUGUCCGAGGGCCUGUCAUACCUGGCGGCGUUGGGCCUGGCCUUGGCCACAAUAGCGGCCGGCGUUCGCUCAGGACCCUCCCUGAACAUCAGCUUGCCACCUGCUCCCCAGAUCAGCAUGCCUUCCAUGCCUGAAGGGUUGAGCAGCGGUUCUCUGAAGGUGCCAAACGUCAAGCUGCCCGACUUCAAGGUGCCUGACGUGAAGGUUCCUGACAUCAAGGUUCCUGACAUUAAGGUUCCUGACAUUAAAGUGCCAGAAGUCAAAGUGCCAGCCUUCAAAGCUCCAGAUAUCAAGAUUCCGGAGGUGAAGAUUCCAACGCCUUCAAAGCCUGAAGCAAAACCCGAGGAAGAGAAAAAAGAGGCACCACCUGCGCCAAAGAAGCCAGAGGUUAAAAGUUCAAAGACAGAAACCGCUGACUUCUCGUCCCUCUUUGACUAAGAGGGCUCUCCGGGCUCUCCCUUUGGUGACAGUCCUGAAAUUGUACUUAGCCACAAACUCAAACUGGGCCAAAGAAAAUCCUGAA